GGGCCGCGCGUUCAGUCAGAUGUCAUCUCUUGCGGCGUCGGUUCGGUUUUGGUUCUUGCUUGUGUUUCGAUCGUUGAUGUGUUGAAGCUUCUGCCAACCAUAGAGAAGUGUGUGGGUUAAGCUGCGUUAUGUUGGGAAGUAGUAGCGAGCAAAGUGAUUAACAGUUUCAAGGCCUUCCCCGUGAUUGUGAACGUUCGCGUAGGAAUAAGCAACGAAUAAGUGUAUCGACUAAAACGAGAAUAAAUUAAACAACAACAAGUGACGAAAGUGCACAGCAAAAUGAUCCUCCAUUCGCUGUUGGCCGUCUUUUGUGGUUUUGUGCUGGAGCACGCGUCUGCCGGAAGUGUCCCGCAAGGGUACGGAUCCAGCUCGGCAGAAAACCGUGGCACUGCUCCCUCGCAGCACUGUACGGAUUUCAAUCCCCAGCAUGGCCUCGACAUUGACCAGAUUAUGGGCAUCUGGUAUGGGAGCGAAGUGAUCACGCACGACAGUCGCGAGGAGGGCGAAUCGGUAUACAAAACAUGCGUUGUAAUCCACCUGGCAGACGUGACGAACGCGACAACCUCCGUAUACGAUCAAUCGACGGGAUACGGUGGCCGCACUAACCCGUCCGGUACGAACUAUGACCGUUUUGCGACCUCGUACGGCUACGGUACGAGCGGCGGUCGGAGCCCGAGCAGCUCGUACGAGCAGCAAAACCACCAGCGCCGUCAGCAGGGCAACCAUCAGUAUUUGCAGCAUGAACCGCGCACCAUGCGCAACCUGCGCCUGAUUUGGGACGAGUCGGAGCACACGCUGGAGUACACGCUGCGUUACAACACAUCGAUGCCCGGGUUCUGGAUCUCGGCCUCCCCGCAGUCCGGCUCGAUGAUACAGCUGCAGUACGUUCAGUUUACCGGCACGGUGCAGGUGCUGAAGGCGGUCAACAAUCAGCUCGUGCUCAACUUCUGCCAGAGUCUGCCGGGGGGUCAGCUGUUCACGAUCGUGCUGUCGCGUGUGCCGAUGAGCUUGGGACCGGAGGAUAUUCAAAGCAUCCGCAAUCUGUUGCGGCGUCGCGGUCUGUCGACAACUUCGGUGCGCAAGGUCUGCCAGAGUGGUGCCUCACGCGGUGACUUUUCGAUGUUCGCCAUCGCGGCUCUGGCCGUCGUAACUGCCCUAGUCAAACGGUUGCACUGAACGUUUUAAAUUGCCAUCUUAAUAGCAGCAGCAGUUUUUGUCAGUGCCAUCUUCCUUCAUGUACGAUUGAGAUGUUUGUUUUGUGCUCACGUGUCUUUAUUCCAUUCCAAAGUUCAUCUUUCAUUUAAGUCUCGUGUGUGUGGAAUUCAACGAUUGCCUUCGCAAGCCUUACAGAAAGAAAUAAAAUAUACCGUUUGCAUAACGAGUAACGAAAAGUAAAAAAACUUGUGGAUUUAAAAAAAUGAAAGAUAAUAAUCAAUUGUAUUAGUUGCUCUGGACUCUAACAGGAUACGUACUAAAAGGAGAGAAAAAAAAACUACAAACGACAACCUUUUAAGACACUAUGCACACACAGUGGGUGUAAUUAAUUAUGCUCAAUCAGCUCCAUCGCUGCUUCUCGAUGCGCUGUUUGCUCCGGAGAAGCGUUCAUUACUCGUUGUCGCCGCACUGUCUUGAUGAUUGUGUCAUCUUCCGAGCGAACCCCAAACUAACCCGGAGCUCGAUCCAACCAAUCAAGCCACCGACUGGACAAUGUUACUCACAGUGGGUGAAUGUUGCGAUAGUUUAAUUAACAAAUUUGUAAUCAAAUUAGCUCCCGCGGGCCGCCUCCUCUAAUUGGGCCCAGCUUGCUUGCUGCCCGGCUUGUAACGUGGUUAAUGGUGCAUGCCGGCCAGGACAAGUGUUUGAUGUUCUUGUUAACACAGGCUAGCUAGGUCGGAAAGGUGAUGACCCGAGUGCGUCAACCACCCACCCAACGAGGGGAAGGGUAUAAGAAAGACAUGUUUCUUUCAAACUUUCGAUGUUUGAUUUGAUAGAUGAGGCGAUGGUAUAAGCAUGUACUUUUUUAAUUGAACGCGAUACGGGUAAUUUGGUGAGAGAAACUAAAGAAAGGACUGUACUCCAUUCGAAGGAGUGUUUACAAAAGGGGUGUUGAUUGUUGGAGGCGUUAAAAACGAUGUAGUGAGCACAAUAA